AUGCCUCGGGGUCAGAAAAGUAAGCUCCGUGCUCGUGAGAAACGCCGCCAGGCUAGAGAAGAAACCAGAGAUGUGACAGGUGCUCAAGCCAACGUGGAAAGAGAAGAAGAGUCUCCCUCUUCCUCCUCUCCUGAAGUCGGAAAUACUCCCCAGAGAUCAUCUACUGCUGAGACACCUGAAAAGCAACAAGAAGCUGAGAGAGGCCCAUCUGCUGCUGCUGCACCUGUUCCACACACAAGAUCUAAUGAUGAAGGUGCCAACAACCAAGUUGAGGAAAGGCCGAGGGCCUCACAGGGCAGAGAGGCCACCGUGUGCCAUCUCAGAGGCCCUCUAGAAAAGAAGGUUGCUAUGUUGGUGCAUUACUUGCUGUACAAGUAUCAAAUGAAAGAGCCCAUUACAAAGGCAGAUAUGCUAAAAAAUGUAAUCCAGAUGUACAAGAAUCACUUCUCUGAAAUCCUCAGGAGAGCUUCUGAGCGCCUGGAGCUGGUCUUUGGCCUUGACAUGAAACAAGUGGAUCCCAACAGGAACAUCUAUGUCCUCAUCAACAAGCUAGAGCUAGGCUGCGAUGGAAGAACAGAUGAUAUCAGAGGUGUGCCCAAGACCGGCCUGCUGAUGACUGUCCUGGGCGUGAUCUUCACAAAGGGAAAUUGUGCCACUGAGGAGCAAGUCUGGGAAGUGCUAAAUAUGAUGGGAGUAUACGACGGGAGGACGCAUUUCAUCUAUGGAGAGCCCAGGAAGCUGCUCACCAAAGAUUUGGUGACAGAAAAAUACCUGGAGUACCGUCAGGUGGCCAACAGUGAUCCCCCGCGCUAUGAAUUCCUGUGGGGUCCAAGAUCCUAUGCUGAAACCAGCAAGAUGAAAGUCCUUGAGUUUUUGGCCAAGAUCCAUGAUACCGUCCCAAGUGCCUAUCCAGGCUGGUAUGAAGAGGCUUUGAAAGAUGAGGAAGAGAGAUCCCGAGCCAGAGCUGCAGCCAAAGCUCGCACCGCUGCCAAGGCCAGUGCACGUUCCAAGGUCAUGUCCAGACCUAAAUGA